AUGGAGUCCCUCUUCCCUGCCCCGUUCUGGGAGGUCCUCUACGGCGGCCACCUGCAGGGCAACCUGUCCCUCCUGAGCCCCAACCACAGCCUGCUGCCCCCGCACCUGCUGCUCAAUGCCAGCCACGGCGCCUUCCUGCCCCUCGGGCUCAAGGUCACCAUCGUGGGGCUCUACCUGGCUGUGUGCAUCGGGGGGCUGCUGGGGAACUGUCUCGUCAUACACACCAAGAUGAAGACAGCUACCAACAUUUACAUCUUUAACCUGGCCCUGGCAGACACUUUGGUGCUGCUGACACUGCCCUUCCAGGGCACAGAUGUCCUGCUGGGCUUCUGGCCGUUUGGGAACGCCCUGUGCAAGGCAGUCAUCGCCAUUGACUAUUACAACAUGUUCACCAGCACCUUCACGCUGACCGCCAUGAGUGUGGACCGCUACGUAGCCAUCUGCCACCCCAUCCGUGCCCUUGACGUCCGGACAUCCAGCAAGGCCCAGGCUGUCAACGUGGCCAUCUGGGCCCUGGCCUCUGUUGUCGGCGUUCCCGUUGCCAUCAUGGGCUCGGCACAGGUUGAGGAUGAAGAGAUCGAGUGUCUGGUGGAAAUCCCCGCCCCCCAGGACUACUGGGGCCCCGUGUUUGCCGUCUGCAUCUUCCUCUUCUCCUUCAUCAUCCCCGUGCUCAUCAUCUCCGUCUGCUACAGCCUGAUGGUCCGGCGGCUGCGAGGCGUCCGCCUGCUCUCCGGCUCCCGGGAGAAGGACCGGAACCUGCGGCGCAUCACGCGCCUGGUGCUGGUGGUGGUGGCUGUGUUCGUGGGCUGCUGGACGCCCGUCCAGGUCUUUGUGCUGGUCCAAGGGCUGGGCGUCCAGCCAGGCAGUGAGACUGCGGUGGCCAUCCUACGUUUCUGCACGGCCCUCGGCUACGUCAACAGCUGCCUCAACCCCAUCCUCUACGCCUUCCUGGACGAGAACUUCAAGGCCUGCUUCCGCAAGUUCUGCUGCGCGCCCAGCCUGCGCCGGGAGAUGCAGGUGUCAGACCGCGUGCGCAGCGUUGCCAAGGAUGUGGCUGUUGCUCGCAAGACCGCUGAGAUGGUGCCACGGCCGGCAUGA